AUGUCGGUGUAUACAUGUAAUUGUUGUGGGAUUCAGUUUGAGACGAGUGAAGCUCAAAGAGCCCAUAUGAAAUCAGACUGGCACCGUUACAAUUUGAAAAGAAGAGUGGCAAAUUUGCCGGCAGUUGCAGAAGGUAUCUUCUUAUCAAAAGUUCAAGCAUUGACGAAAGAUGAAACCGAAGAGAGUGGUAAGAAUAAGCAGUUGACCAAAAAGGAACUAAGAAGAAGGGAAAAGGAGGCAUUGCUGGAGAAGAAAAGACAACUCUUGAAACUUGCAGAGGAGAAUGCCAGGGAGAAUAUGCAAAAACAAUCACAAAAGCAGGCCGAGCGUGGUGAUCUGAGGGAAGAGAGUACAGAUGCAAAAGUAGGCCAGGAGCCUGCGGAACCUACAGAAAGCACUACAUCCACGGAAGAUGAGCUAACAGAAGAGCAACUGGCGGAAAAGUUAAUGCAACAAAAGAUUGCCAACAAAGUUGACAUACCAUUGAAUGAGUGCUUCUUUUGCAGCAAAAAAUUCCAAAGUAUUGAAGACAAUCUGGAACACAUGUUCAAGGAUCAUGGAUUUUACAUACCGGAGCAGAAAUAUUUGGUGGAUAGAGAUGGGCUACUGAAGUAUAUCGCCGAGAAAAUUGGUUUAGGUAACGUUUGUCUGGUUUGCAAUUAUCAGGGGAGAUCAGUGGAAGCCGUGAGAGCACACAUGCUUGCUAAGAGACAUUGCAGGAUACCGUAUGAAGAGCAAGAUGAUCAAUUAGAAAUUUCAGAAUUUUACGAUUUCACAACCUCUUAUGGUACCUUCGACAAAUCGAACGAUGCUGGUAACGCAGAUGAUUGGGAGGAUGUUGAUAGUGCUGAUGACGGCGUUGAAAGUGAAGAAGACCUUCCACAGGAGGCUCUAUAUCAUGAUGGUGUGGACUUGCACUUGCCAACGGGUAUAAAAGUUGGUCACAGAUCGUUACAACGUUACUAUAAGCAGAACUUGAAGCCGGAAAAAAUUCUGUCUGAGGGCCAGGGAACUUUGGUAGCUGCUGAUACGAGGUCUUUCUUGACAAUGUUGAAUAAGAAGGAUGUUCAAGUCCAACAGAGAGUUUGGCAAACGGAAGUAAAGGAUAAAAAGAGGCAUGACAAGAGAGCAGCAAAAUUUGUUAACAAUCAACCUCACUAUAGAGAUCAAUUACUGCAGUGA